AUGGCGAGAACUUCUUCUGUCAGACGCAGGAGGGAUUCAUCGCCUCAUCAUUCCAGACCCCCUCCCCCUCCCCUCCGCCCUCUACUGCAUCUGAACAAUCCAUCGAGACAGAAUGGAAGGAGAUAGCCUGCCACACGGCGAAAUGCGACAUGUGUAACACACGCAAUGGAACGGGCAUGUCCCGUUGCGAGGGAUGCGGCUGGCAGGCAUGCUACAGAUGUAUUCUUGCAAACGGGUGCAGUCGCAGGCAUCGGGGAAACGGGCGCGUCCAUACGGGGACUGUCGACCAGACUCUCAUUGUCCAGAUGAGGCGCGGCAGGGUGUCAGUCAAGAGGGAAGAGGGUGAUGCGGGCCAGUUGAAGAGGAGACAGUCAAGCAAUCUCAAGAAAACGAGGAAUGAGGAGUCGUCUUCGAAGAUACCAAGCUCUGCGGAUGAUGAGGUCUUGUACGCGGCUCGGAACUUUUUGGCGUUUAGUAUUGAAGCCAUAGGUUUCGCUAUCCAGGAGGACGGCGUUGACCGAGAACAUUUACCUGGUGGGGCUGCAUCUCGAGACGAGGAUGUUGCGAAUUUCAUGAGUAUGACUAGUCGAGAAGUGCAUGACUAUGCCCAACAGCAAGCCAGUCAUGCUCUUCAGGCUUACCUUGAGCGCAGGGCCAGAGAGGCGGAUGCUCAGGAGAUUGGCACCUCCUCUGUGACUCAAGCAAAUAUUGACGAAACCACCUCAUCGGACGAAACUCAAAGGCCACCGCGUAAUCGAGCUGGCCGAUGACGAGUCUUGAUUACUUGGAGGUACUGGAUGGUUCUCUGCGGAUAUCAUCCGCUGGACGGCAUCUCUCGUCCCCGAGAUCACCGUUUGCGGGUCAAAGAGUGUAUGUGUAUGGCUCUCAGAUUGCCUCUGAUACUUCGAGUGGGGCACUGAGGGUAGUUGGGAUGCUCUGCGGACUGUGAUGAUCUCUCAGAAUAAGAAAUGUAAAGUAUGCUCAGACAUG